CCAGCCAUGUUAAGGAGUCUGUCAAGCAAACUGCAGCCCGCCAUUGUGUAGAAACCAAGCUCUAUAGAAAGAUAAGGGCGCUAGGCUGAAACUCCUCAAUAGCUAGAUAAAUUCUACCUUCAGCCACUUUUAUUUAGGAGUGAAUACAGUUACACAGGCUCCGGGGGGGAAAGACAUGUCAGCCAGCAGCCUCCUUGAACAGAGACCGAAAGGCCAAGCUAAUAAAGUGCAAAACGGAGCUGUGACCCAAAAGGAUACUUUGAAUGACGAUGAGUUUGAGCCUUACCUGAAUACUCAGGCCAGACAGAGCAAUGCCUAUACGGCCAUGUCGGACUCGUACAUGCCCAGCUACUACAGCCCCUCCAUAGGAUUUUCCUACUCCCUAAAUGAGGCAGCAUGGUCCACAGGCGGGGACCCUCCUAUGCCUUACCUGGCCUCCUAUGGACAGCUGAGCAAUGGGGAACCCCACUACCUCCCGGACGCUAUGUUUGGUCAGCCAGGCCCCCUGGGGAGCAACCCAUUCCUUGGCCAGCAUGGCUUCAACUUUUUUCCCAGUGGCAUCGACUUCUCAGCGUGGGGCAACAGCAGUUCUCAGGGACAGUCGGGGACACCACAGAACUCUGGCUACAGCAGCAGCUAUGCCUAUGCACCCAGCUCACUUGGGGGUGCCAUGAUCGACGGACAGUCCCCAUUUGCACCUGCUGCCAACGAACCGCUUAACAAGGCACCUGGUAUGAACAGCCUUGACCAGGGCAUGGCAGGGCUUAAGAUUGGGGGUGCUGCCCCUGGUGGUAAUGGGGAAAUGGCUCCUAAGGUGGUUGGCUCUGGCUUACCUGGUGGCGGCCCCCUUGGCACUGUAUCUUCUGUUGGACCUCCCAGCAUGCCGCCUGUCUCAAUUGCCCCUGCCAAGCCUGCCUCUUGGGCCGAUAUUGCCAGCAAACCAGCCAAGCCUCAACCUAAGCUUAAAACUAAGGGUGGCAUGGCAGGUGCCAAUUUGCCUCCUCCGCCCAUUAAACACAACAUGGACAUUGGCACUUGGGACAACAAGGGCACCAUGCCUAAAGCUGCCACUCCUCAGCAGGUGCCCCCUAUUCCCAGCAAUGGUCAGCCGCCCAAUCAGGCUUCCCCGCAGCCUGGAUGUACGGCUGCUGGGAACCCACAAAUGCCUCUGAGCAAUGGACAGCUGGUUCCACCUGUUUCACAGAUGGGGCAGCAUCAACUUCCACCUACUGGGCAACCAGGUAUGGCUCCAAUGUCCCAGCCUCCUCUCUCCCAGGGUCCUCCUCCACCACCAAGCCAGCAGCAGCAACCUUCUCAACCUACUCGCUGGGUCCCUCCACGAAACCGGGCCAAUGGUUUUGGGGAUGCUGGUGGGAGUGGAACAGGCCAGUCACCUCCCACUUCUUCAGGGGUGGGUGUGGUUCCUGGGGUCCCUUCUGAACCUCACCCGGUUUUAGAGAAGUUGCGCAUGGUCAACAAUUAUAACCCUAAGGACUUUGACUGGAACCUCAAGCAGGGCCGGGUGUUUAUCAUCAAGAGCUACUCUGAGGAUGACAUCCACCGCUCCAUCAAGUACAACAUUUGGUGCAGCACGGAGCAUGGCAACAAGAGGCUUGAUGCCGCUUACCGUUCGCUGGGUGGCAAAGGGCCACUUUACCUUCUGUUUAGUGUCAAUGGGAGUGGUCACUUCUGUGGGGUAGCAGAGAUGCGCUCACCCGUGGACUACAACACGUCUGCUGGCGUGUGGUCACAGGACAAGUGGAAGGGUCGUUUUGAUGUGCGCUGGAUCUUUGUUAAAGACGUUCCCAACAGUCAGCUGAGGCACAUUCGACUGGAAAACAACGAAAAUAAGCCAGUGACCAACUCUCGGGACACACAGGAGGUACCACUGGAUAAGGCCAGGCAGGUGUUAAAGAUCAUCGCGGGAUAUAAACACACCACUUCCAUCUUUGAUGACUUUUCUCACUAUGAGAAGCGUCAGGAGGAGGAAGAGUGUGUGAAAAAGGUGGAGGUCCAAGGCAGUGAGCCAUAUCCCAGCAACCCAAGCAACAGGAGUCAGUACAGGCUUCAGGAGCGCCAAGGACGAGUCAAGUAACUGUUGGUGCUUUGGUCAAAAGACUGCAAUGGCUCCCCCUAAAGCCCUGUCCACCCCAUUACACCAUUACAUCAAGAUCUCUUAAGAAAUUCUAAUAGGGGUGAAGAAUUAACAAAGGACAAAAAAAGAAAAAAAAACUAAAUGAAGACUUUGAUUUCUUUUGACUUUAAGGACUUACUUCGAACUUGUAGUAAAAAGAAAAAAAAAAAGAAACGAUUAUUCAUAGGACUGCAACUAAAUGCAUAGCAUCUUUAGGUGAAAUCUUUUUUUGCCCCACCCCAUUCCACUACAUAUGCUUUUCCCCUGUUUGCUGCUUCUCCUGUUUUUUUUUGUUUUUUUUGGGUUUUUUUUUUUAUAAACGGAUCAUCUGUUUUUAUGGUCCAAGAGCAAGUCUGUAAUUCUUUCACAAACACACAAAUCCCAUAGAAAUUUGUCGUGUUGGCUAAUAUUAGUGUCCCAAAGUGAUGAAUGGGCAGUUUGUCUCAUUUUCUUUGUUACCCUCCACACCCUGGCCUUUGUCUUCAGGGGAUGCGUGAAUCUUCAGCCAGGAUCCAGCGGAGCUUCCUCAUUGGAUUUUCAUUGUAGGCUGGUGCCAACUACUCUUACUUCAGAAUCUUUUGUACAUGCUUGCCAUGUUUUUGUUUGAGGGGACUGCAGAUGUUCAGAAAGGCCCUCUUCUCUUUUUUUUUUUUUUUUUUUUUUUUUUUAUUUUCCCCAUGUUGGAUGGAGUGUGUUGGGGAGGUAGGGUCAGGAAUAUCUAGAGAGGAACGGGGUCAAGCGUUUGAAUUCAGAAGAAAUGUUAAGUUGAUGAGCUCUGCUCGCUGUAUAAUUUUUAUGAUCUAUAAAUCUAGGGCCCUCUGUCAACAGUCUUCAUUAGAAUUAAUUUACCAUCUUUUUCUUGGACAGGUUAAUUCAUUGUUGCUAUGGGCUGUUUUUCCACCUUUCUCUCCCCCUACAUUUUCUUAAGACUGAUGUGAGUGGCCUUGCCCCCACUCUUUCUGUUAAUCAGUAAUAAAUGUGGUAUAUUCAGCAGACUGGUGUGCAUUCCCCUUGUUUGGCUAUGGAAAGUGAAUUUGUCAUGCAGUGUGUAUGUGCAGUUUGUUUUUGUACAUUAUCUGACAACUUUCCUUCUCACCUUUGUGUAACCUGCAGUCCUACCCAGUCAAAAUUUUCAGUUUACCCUGCUACACCUGGAAUAUUUUUCCCCUCUCUACUUUCCUGUCCUGCCUUAUCCUCCACACUCCCAGACUUGUUUGCUCGCUCAAAUCAAUCAUACACGCUAUAAUACCACAAUCAUCUAUAACCAUUCUCAAAAGAGAAAUGAAUCCUCUUUCAGAACUACUGGCUUUUAUGUGUGGCAUAAUAAAAAUGCUCCACAAAG